AUGCAACCACAUACACAGAGGGUUUCGUUUUAUAACUAACUCACCCUGAGACUGAAUGAGUCCCUCCCUCCACAUACCCCCACAACCUAUCUAUUAUCUUGCUAUGAGGCGUUAAAACGGCGUUUGAUAUUCAUUCCACAUAUUCCCUUUCCUGAUUUCACUCCUUUUGCACAUCUGUACAUCCCCCUCCUAUACCAAGAACCAUGAUCGGUAGGAUGGAUAAACGCGGGACUGGGCACGGUGCACACGGGACAGGACUUAUCUAUCUAUCUGGGCGGGCGGACGGACGGCACGGCACGGCACGGUACGGUUUCUAUUUGAUAUCCCCAAGGGCUUGCAAGCAUGUAUGGCACAUUGAUCAAUGUUAUUUUAUCUUUUCUUCCAUUAUUGUCUUUGUUUUGAUGUCAAUUUACCUUUGUCCCGCUAUUCUCUUUCUUCCAUAUCUACUUUACAUGAAUGUAUUUGCUACGCUAUUUUCCUUUUUCCGUGUUUUGAGGUGAAGGACAUCAGCUUUGCAUAUUAUAUGAAAAAC